AUGGUCAGAAAACGGUCCAGUUCAUAUUGAAAGACUGUUUUCUUUUUCUUUCUUCGAAGCAGAGGAAGGUGAAUAAAUGCGACGGACACCCGGCUGACUGUCGGAGAAGAGGCGCAGACACAGGACAGUUUCUUUGCGGGACUGCGGCUGGCGGAAAGCCCGAUUUUAACAUCGAUAUGUGGGAACAGGAGGAAUUUGCCAAACACUGGAGGAACGAGUUCCCCGAUGGUAAAGUCCCUCACAUGGACUUGAACUCGGUUGAUGACAUCGAGUCAGAGCUGGAGACGAGUAAGACCAACCUGAAGAGGCUCCAGAAGGCGCUGGCGGAGGAAAAAUUCAAGGUGAUUUACCUGCAGACCACCAUGGCCCUACAGAAGCGACACGAGCCGCGGAGGCUUCGCGGCAAAGAUGAAAACUUAAACGCGGACUCGUUCGGCUUUUGCAAGACGGGGGACGCUCGGGGACAGCAGCGGCGCGAGGACGAGGGCGACGGGCAGAGGACCAAGGUGCCCGACCCCGGGGGCGUGAAGCUCCACGCGGCAGGUAACGCGGCGGGCGUGCUGAGCUCCUUCGGGCGGGAGCGCGGCAGGUUCGGCAAGCCCGUCCCCAUCCCGGUGCCGCCGCGGAAACCCAGCGUUCAGCAACGGGACGCGGCUCCUGCUGCCGUCCGUCAACCGAAUGAUAACGAGGUGGACGGCGACCGGGAAUACGAAGAUAAGGAGCUGAAUGAGAAUUUCGUCAGGAAUAACUUGCUGGCACCAAAGGCCGCCGGGAGGGACAACCAGAGGACGCCCGGUGGCUACCGGGACGCCCGGCGGCCUUUACGCAACAGCAGGGACUUUGACUCCGGCGACGACGGCCGGCUGUCCCCGUCCUUCCCGCAGAUUCAGCGCACAGCGUCGCGCGGCUCCGGGUGCAGCACCCCUGACCGGCGGAGUGACGGGUACCUGAGCUCUGAGCAUGACGACUCCUCUUCUGCAGACUUCAACUACAACACAGAUGGCUACGAGGGGGACGGCGCGGAGGACGGCAAGUCUAAGGACGGCUCGGAGACGCUGCCCUUCAUCGACGAGUCGCCCACCAUGUCGCCCCAGCUGUGCGCGCCGCAAGGGCCCGACGGAGAGGCGAUGUCCCCCACACCACCCGGGGCCUUGCUGACAGGGGGAGACGGAGAGAAAGGAAUGGAGAUGAAGAAGCUGGUGCUGUCUGGUUUCUUGGCCAGCGAGGAGAUCUACAUUAACCAGCUGGAGGCCCUGCUACUGCCCAUGCGUCCUCUGAAAGCCACGGCCACGACCUCGCAGCCCGUCCUGACCUUCCAGCAAGUGGAGACCAUCUUCUACAAAGUCCAGGACAUUUUUGAGAUCCAUAAGGAGUUCUACGACGCCCUCUUACCCAACAUCCAGCAGUGGGACGAGAAGGUCACCGUGGGACAUUUGUUCCAGAAGCUGGCCAGCCAGUUGGGGGUGUACAAGGCCUUUGUGGACAACUACAAGGUGGCGCUAGAGACGGCAGAGAAAUGCAGCCAGGCCAACGGCCAGUUCCAGACGAUAUCUGAGAACCUCAAAGUAAAAGGUCCUAAAGACUCCAAAGAUUGUAGCACAACUGUCUCGAUGGAGGCUCUCCUUUACAAGCCCAUCGACCGUGUGACCAGAAGCACCCUGGUUCUCCAUGACUUGCUGAAACAUACUCCCAAGGACCACCCGGACUUCCCGCUCCUGCAGGACGCUCUGCGGAUAUCUCAGAACUUCCUCUCGUCCAUCAACGAAGAGAUCGACCCUCGCAGAACUCCCGUCACCACGCCUAAAGGAGAGGCCCGUCAGCUGGUGAAGGAUGGCUUCCUGGUGGAGGUGUCUGAAAACUCCAGGAAGCUUCGGCACGUCUUCCUCUUCACCGACCUGCUGCUCUGUGCCAAGAUGAAGAAGACGGCUGUGGGUCGCCAUCAGCAGUAUGAGUGCAAGUGGUACCUCCCUCUGGCGGACUUGACUUUCCAGACCCUGGACGACUCCGAGCCUUGCCCCAGUAUCCAGGUCCUCCCCGAGCACGAGAUCGAGGAGAUGAAGAUCAAGAUCUCAGUCUUAAAGAGUGAGAUACAGAAAGAGAAGAAAGCACAGAAGGGUCAGAGUCGUGUGGAGCGUCUGAGAAAGAAGAUGAACGAACAGGAGUCGUGGCUGCUGCUUCACUCUCCCACCAUCCCCUUCCGCAUCCACAACAAACAUGGAAAGAGCUACCACUUCCUCAUCUCCUCCGAUUACGAGAGGUCAGAGUGGAGAGAAAGCAUCCAGAAACUCCAGAAGAAAGAUCUGCAGGCGUGCGUGUUAAGUUCUGUGGAGCUCCAGGUCCUGACCAGUUCCUGUUUCAAACUCCGAACUGUCCACAACAUUCCAGUCACAAGUAACAAAGACGAUGAGGAGACCCCUGGCCUGUACGGCUUUCUGCAUGUGAUCGUCCACUCUGCCAAGGGAUUCAAGGAGUCCGCCAAUUUGUACUGUACCCUUGAAGUGGACGCGUAUGGGUACUUUGUCAGCAAGGCCAAGACCCGGGUCUUCAGAGACACCACGGAGCCACAUUGGAACGAAGAGUUCGAGAUCGAGCUGGAGGGCUCCCAGUACCUGCGGAUCCUGUGCUACGAGAACUGCUACGACAAGACCAUGCUCAACAAGGACGACAACGAGAUCGUUGACAAGAUCAUGGGCAAAGGGCAAGUCCAGCUGGAUCCUCAGACUGUGCAGUCCAAGAACUGGCACAUGGACGUCAUCGAGAUGAACGGGAUCAAAGUGGAAUUCUCCAUGAAGUUUACAAGUCGGGACCUCAGCCUGAAGAGAAUGGCGUCCAAAAAACAGAGUGGCGUGUUUGGAGUCAAAAUCAACGUGGUGACAAAGCGCGAGCGCUCCAAGGUGCCUUACAUUGUCCGCCAGUGCAUCGAGGAAGUGGAGAAGAGGGGGAUCGACGAAGUGGGGAUCUACAGGAUCUCCGGGGUGGCCACUGAUAUCCAGGCCCUCAAAGCAGCGUUCGACAGCAAUACCAAAGACAUCCUGGUGAUGCUGAGCGACAUGGACAUCAACGCCAUCGCAGGGACACUGAAGCUGUACUUCAGGGAGCUGCCGGAGCCUCUGCUCACCGACCGCCUCUACCGCGCCUUCAUGGAGGGCAUAGGGCUCUCGGACCCGGCAGCCAAGGAGAACUGCAUGAUGCACCUCCUGCGCUCUCUGCCCGACCCCAACCUCAUGACCUUCCUCCCUCUGCUGGAGCACCUCAAACGGGUGGCUGACAAGGAGCCCAUCAACAAGAUGUCCCUCCACAACCUGGCCACCGUGUUCGGCCCCACGCUGCUCAGGCCCUCAGAGUUGGAGAGCGCGAAGGCGCUGCACAUCACCUCGGCCUCUGACAUCUGGUCACAUGACGUGAUGGCGCAGGUCCAGGUGCUGCUGUAUUACCUGCAGCAUCCUCCCAUCUCCUUUGCCGAACUGAAGCGAAACACGCUCUUCUUUUCCACUGACGUUUAAGCCCCACCCACCUCCCUCAGGGCGCCAUCUGGAGAGGAGAGAGUGAGAGACUCCGUACAAACCCCGGUCCCUCGCCGCUCGGUCCUCCUGCCUCACCUCUCCUCCCAAGCAGGCAGCUCAUCUCGACUGUACAGCCCCACCCCCACCCCCCCAUUCCCUCUCUCUCACACACACACACACACAUCCCUCCUGUCUGCACCCCCACCUCACCCUCACCCCACACACACACACACACACACACACCCCCAGUCCUGGAAAGAGAUGCAGCCGACCUUGAGGGAGGUGGUGAAGGAGAUUUCCUGGUCGUCUACUUGUCACAUGUCAUGUCCUGUUUGUAAAGACGACAGGGCAUUCUUGGACCACACACGGGAAAGAUGCCACAGGGGGGGGGGCGCGGCGGCACAGGCGGCAUAGGCUCAAAAGCGUGUUUGCAUAUUGAUCUCGGGAACCAGUCGACUCGGCCUCCAGCUUCUUUUUCUUGAUCAGAGGCAUUCCAGAAAAAUGGCAUUUAUAUGUUCAAUAGUUCUGUUCAACAGCUGUUAUGUUUCCUUUCUCCGUCUUUCUGGCUUUGUGCAUGUGGUGGAAAAGGGCGGGGGGGUGAGCGACGAUGAGGUCCACCUUGAGAGAGCGAGUGUUGAAGGGACUUUGAGAACCUGUGAGGUUUAGAAGUGGCUGCGAAGCCUUGCUGAUAUAAAUGGCUAGUGACGCAACUCUCGACUGACCAACGAGAGAGGACCGCCCUCCGCAGUGAGUCUUGGCCAAAUUAGCCCUACUUAUUUUAAAUAUAUAUGAUAUGUGUGCCUGUACAGUUCUGUGCAACUAGAUAAAUGCUCUAAAGAGUCUGUUUUUUAAAGUUUAUUCAGGUAGUGAUGUUAUUUUAGGCUGACUUUUCUCAUUCACCAUGUCCAUGGUUGGUAAACUGUACUUAAAAAAACAACAGGAAGUCUGGCACUUGAUGUUAGCUCACUUUGUAGAGGAGACGGGGCACUCUGUGAUAUGAGGAUUGUUCGGGGGAAUAAACUCAAGGAAUGGAACAUUUAGCUUCUUCUCUUUUUCUUGUUGUUUCAUUGCAAGCCUGUUCCAAGUGUCUCACUGCACCGUUAUGAUAUAUAGACUUAAUUUGUGUAGUUGCCGUCAUUGCAUGUUCAGCUUGUCAAUCAAACCAGGCCCAGGUAACGUGUGUCCGAGGGCCUCGCUCACACUGGCAGACGCCUCUCUGCUCUGUAGAGACGACCUUUCUGCUAUCAAGCCUGUGACGUAUCUUCAAAUACUGUAAGCACUGCUAGAUGAGUACUAUUUGAUAUUUUUAAUAUAAGAUUAAAAUGAAAUAAAUAAUGUUGUAUUUUACUUCCAUGGAGAAGAUUUCCAUCAUACUGUAAUAUUGAGACUAAAUGUCGAUGUGAACUCCCCCCCCCCCCCUUUUUUUUUUUGUAAAAUAAAAGUUACCAAAACGCUCUCA